CAGUCACACUACAAUUUAAAUUUUUAGAUAAUAUGGAUAAUUUUGUUCAUAGUAAUUAGGAAUAAUUGCUAAAUUGCAUACCCUUGAUGAUAAGCUUAUAUGUGUGAGAACUAGGCAAUACAACUGAGGGAGACGAACCAAGAGGACGAAGGUUCCAGAAAGCACGUGUCCGUGCAAGGAAAGUUUAUUUACCAAAAAAUACCCCUUUUGCAAAGUAACGUUUUGUGUUUGAUCAUUGUGUGUAUUACUUUCGAAAUUGGGAACUAUAAAAAUGUCAGAUAGUUUGGAAGAAAGCACUCCAUCUUCUGCCAACGCGGAAACCAUGGAAGUGGAUGGUUCUGGACCUCAAAGCGAAAGCGAAACAAAUAGGCCAGAGAUCAGUCCAAAUGCCGUGGAUCUGAAAGACGGUGGUGUUUUCAAAGAAAUCAAGAGAGAGGGUAUUGGGAGUGAGACUCCGUGCACGGGAGAUGAAGUUUAUGUUCAUUACACAGGGAAGUUAGUGGAUGGGACUGUUUUUGAUACCAGCAAAACAAGAGAUGAGUUUUCCUUUAAACUGGACAGAGGGAGUGUCAUAAAAGCAUGGGAUAUUGCACUUGCCACAAUGAAGGUUGGAGAAAUGGCAGAAGUGACAUGUCGACCUGACUUCGCAUAUGGUGAUACUGGAAGCCCACCUAAAAUCCCUCCAAAUUCUUGGCUGAUCUUUGAAAUUGAGCUUUUGGGUUUUAUGGGUGAAGAUGUCUCAACAGACAAAGAUGGUGGUGUAAGAAAAAGUGUCAUUGUAAAAGGAGAAGGAUACAAGACUCCUAAUGAUGGUGCUCAAGUUGAAAUGCACAUUAUUGGCAAAUGCAAUGGCUCUGUGUUCGAGGACAAGGAUUUGGCAUUUAUAGUCGGUGAUUGCCAAGAUGAGGUUGUAGUGGAAGGAGUUGAAAUGGCUGUAAAAAAGCUGAAGGAAGGCGAAACAGCCAGAGUUAAAGUGCAAUCAAAAUAUGCAUAUGGUGGAGAAGGAAGCAUAAAGUACGGUAUUCCACCAAAUGCUGACUUAGAAUACGAAAUGAAAAUGAAAAAGUUUGAAAAGGCCAAAGAAUCAUGGGAAAUGGAUGGAAAGGAGAAGCUAGAUCAAUCUGAAGUUGUUAAAGAAAAGGGAACCAAAUUUUUCAAGGAAGGUAGUUAUAAGAAAGCAAUAACAUCUUACAAGCGGGUUAUUAGCUACCUGGAAUAUGAAACUGACAUGGAAGGCGAAGAGAAACAGAAGAGAGAUGCCCUGAUGCUGGCUGCUUACCUUAAUACUGCAAUGUGUUAUUUAAAACUCAAAGAUUAUGUUGAGGCAAGGAAACAUAGUGAUAGUGCCCUGGGCAUAGAUGUAAACAGUGAGAAGGGGUACUACAGGAGAGGAGAGGCUAAUAUGGGUUUAAACGAAUUUGAAGAUGCAAAGAAAGAUUUCAGUAAAGUAUUAGAGAUAAACCCCAAAAAUAAAGCAGCAAGGGAUGAGCAGAUGAGAGCAAACAAGAAGAUAAAAGAGCAGAAUGCCAAAGAGAAGUCUAUUUAUCAGGGGAUGUUCAAGAAAUUUGCAGAGGCCGAUUCAAAGGGAGUCAAAGACAAAGCUGUUGAUGGACCAGGAAGCGGCGAUCAAGCCAAGAUGGAGACACAGUCUGAAGGAACUGCUGUGUAGGUCACAACCUAACAACAGGGCAAAGAUGAACAGAUGCAUUAUUCCAGGAAACAAAUUGAACAUUUGGACAGAGAUGUGCAAAAGAAAGAAACCGAUAGAGGAAAGUGUGUCAGAUUAAGAGAUUUAGGGAAAAAAGUAAUUUUUUGAGCUGUUUGUAGACAACAGACAUUAAAAAAUGCUGCCUCAUUUCUCUAUGUGUCAACUUAAUUAAUGAAACAAGAUGUGAACUGUAAAUUUUUUAUGUGUUGUAAUCAUUUGUAAUUGUACAUUCGUAUGUUAGUUAUUCUCUUGAAAAUGCUUCUUUGGCAUUUUAAAAGAAGAAUUGCAGCUGUAAAAUAAUCAAAGGUGCAGUUUUUUAAUGUUUUAGAAAUAACUGUAUUUGGAUAUGCAUUCCUUGUAUAAAAAUGUCAUCUUCAUGUUUAUAUGAAGUAAAUCCUUGCAUCUAGCAGAUUUGAAUGCAGUAAGUGUUCAACUAAAUGCAUUAAUUAAAAGAAGUGGUUACUUUC